CAACAACUUUCUUUAUUACGCCCAAAGUUUGCAGAAUUUAAACAACCAAUUGGCCUUUUUGAGAGAAUGGAUAGAAUUCAACAACAAUUAACUGAAAUUGAAUCUUCUAUGGAUGAUUUGGCUGGAAUUGAAUCAGAGAAUUGUGAAUUCUGUCUUCUACAUUUAGAACAAAUUCAGAAUCAAUUAGAAGAAUUAAGCACAGAUUGUGCUGCUUGCGAAGCUUCUCGGGAUACUUUAAUUCGUGAAGGUAUAAUAGAAGAAAUACAAGCAAUUAAAUUAUCUGCUCAACUUUCUGAAAUGACCAAAAAAUGUGUUGAUGAAUUAGAAAAUAGGGCAACAAUAAAUAUUCAAAGAUUAAAAAGGGCUGUCGAUUUUGUUGAAAAAUUUGAUAGAGAAUGUGCUGUACUUGAUAAAUUAUUGGGGGAAGUAGAAAAUAGAUUAAUACAAAAUGAUGAAAAUAUUAAAAAUGAAAAGCAAACUCAAAGGUUAGUUAAAAUAAUUGACGAAUUAUAUAGACAAUUACGUGCUGCAACAGAUUCAACUUCAAAGGCCAAUGAAUUAGAAAGUUUUCUUCGAAAUUUAGCUAUUAGAUUACCUAAAGAAAAAAUUGAAUUUAUUAAAAAUGCAGAACAGCGUUGUUCUAAACUUAGAGAUAAAUUAGAUGAUUGGAAUGAAUUAAUUAACAAUCAAAUACCCAAAAUAAAUGAAAAAAGUGAACUAAAGCAACAAAAAGAACAACAGAAUAUAUUAAUUGAAGAGGGGAUUUUUAAUGAAAUAAAUGAAUUGGCAAAAGAAUUGGAUAAACGAUUUGGACAAUUAGAACAACAGAAUACAUUACCAAGUUACCAAUUAAUUGAACGAUUAAAUGCCCUUCGACCAUUAAAAGAACGUUUUGAACAUUUAUCAUUACAGACUGUAUCAAGAAAGGAUUUUGGUUCUAAAGUAGCUCCUCUUUUAGCUAAUCUAAGUUCUAGAUGGCAAAAUUUAACAAUAAAGGCUUCUGACAGAAAACGGCAAGAAGAACAAAUUAAAUAUCAAGAAUAUUUAAAUUUAAAUCAAGAACCAGCCUGUACUAGUCCAUUAUCAAUUGGUGAGAUAUCGCCAACAACCGCUUAUCAAAGUGGAUUAAAUGAAAAUGAAUCGCUCGAAGAUGUACGAGAUUUUGGUCAGCAAGUUCAAUCGACAAUUGAACAUUUUGAAAGGGCUAAACGUCAUCUUAAUUAUUCUAGACAUCCUGUUAAUAAUUUACAAGAUUGGGAACAACGUUUAAAUAAAAUUGGUCAAUAUGUUGCCAAUCGAAAACUCAAUUUUGACGUUUUAAUAGCUGGAGGAAAACAUAUUGCAGAAUCAGGCCCAAUUGAAUUAUUAACUUCCGCAGCACUUUCUAAACUCGACGAACUUAUAGAUUUAGUCCACAAUGUAGAUGAACAAGUUGAAAGAGAAGAACAAAGACUUCACAAUAUAUGCCAACAAUUUGGGAUUUUUAAUGGACAAACACAAAUGGCUAGAGAGAGAUUGGAAGCUAUGGAAAUUAAAGCAAAUACUUUAAAUACACACGCAAUUGAUCCUACUCCUGUUAUUACACUACAGCAAGAAUUGAUGGACACGAGUGGCCAAAUGCAGCUGUUACAGCUGAGCGCAGAUGAAUUGCGAAAAUCUUUACCCCCAACAAUGUGUGAACAACGGAUUGGCGGGGAUGUAUUAGAUCAACUCAAUCAACAAUUACACGAAAUUGAAUCUCGUGUCCAGUCAGCUUUGCUACGUGCUUUGCAAUAUAGACAAGAUGAAGACGAAAAUUUUGAAAUAAAUGAGGAGGAGGAGAGGAAGGAAUUAUGGCAACCUGAGUUUGAUGUUGCGAAUGUAUCUACUUCUAGUACAGCACAACAAGUUUUUGUGCCAUAUCCAUCAGAAGAACAACAGUUGGAGACAAAAUAUAAAGUAAAUAUUGAUGGAAUAGCCUCAACCUCAGAACCACUGAAAGAAUUUUUAGGGGAUGAAUAUAUUGAGGAGAAAAAAGGAGGGAAUAUUGGAACAAGGCAAAGAACGGGGGCCAAGCCAAAAGAAGGUCAAAGAAUGGGAAAAGAAGAAAAAGAUGAAGAGGAGGAUGAGGAGGAAGGGUUUAAAUCGACCACUACUGACCACCAACAACAACGGCGAAGAUGGCGAACUGCUGCCGCUGCUGCUUUGGCACCGCCUUCACAAAUAGCCCAACAAAAAUCAUUUUUACCUCCAACAGAAAAAAUGAAAAGUGAUGGCCAACAAUUUUUAUUAAAAAGGCAACAAAAAAUUGGAGAACAAACUGGAGGCAUGGAUCAAUUUUACAUUAGUUUAAAUAUAAUGGAAGAUUAUAUUGAACAACAACAACAAUUAAAUUCCUUGCCGUAUGAGACUUUUACUGAAAAAGCUGAAAUGUUGAAGGAUUUCGAAAUAGAAUUAAAACGUGGAGAGCAACUUUUAAAUGAACAUUUAAUGACAAUGGAAGUAGGAGAAAGUGAGCAUGUUAAAGCCAGAAUAGCCUCAUUGAGGAGACAUUUUGAAGAAAAAAAAUCAGAAUUAGAAAGUCGUCGUGAAACAAUAAGAGCAUUAGAACAGCAUUAUUCUCAAUGCGAGCAAAUGUUGGAUGAAUUAGCUAAUAUUUGUAAAGAACCAAGAAUACGACUAAAGGGAGUACGUUUACCGAAAAAUGAAGAAACUGAAGAGAGUGAAAGAAUUAAUCUGACAGAAUCACGUGAUUCUUCUCCUGACCUAGAUGAAUUGGAAGCAGCCCAAGCCCAAUUAGAGAAUUAUUUACCACCUAUUGCUGUUCGUCUUCAACAAAUCCAAAAUAGAUUAAAUGUUUUAAGUGAACAUCUUUCUGCCGCUGCCCACAAUAAAUUUCAACAAAAACUUCGUCUUUUAGUUGAGGAUUUUAAUGAAAGAACAAAAGAAGUCAGAAUUAAGAGAGAUCAAUUGGAGAUACGUUUAGCUGACCAAACACAUUUAAAACAAUUACUUGAUGAUUUGGAAUUUUGGUGUGAUGAAAGUGAAGCUAUUUUGGAAACAGUUGAACAAAUUGGCCCUUUAAAUAUUUUAAAAAUAGAAAAAGAAGAGGAAAAUAUACAAAAAAGAUAUUAUUCAACAGAAACAAAAUUGGAAUCAUUCCGUCAAUUGGAAAGACUAAAAGAUAGAUUUGCUAAUUUAGUUAGUGUCGAGCCCCAAGUUAAACAUGAAGUAAGGAGGGAUGUUGCUAAUCUGGGAAAGAGAUUAAGUGAUGUAAGUUUAAAUAAAGGAAUAUUUUAA